UAUAAUAUAUGAUCCCAAACAAGAUGGCCGCGCCCAUGAACGAUUGCAUCCAUAGAAAUUGAAGCAAUUAAUUUUCCACGCGAUAAGUGAACAUGGGUGGCAGAGGUAGGGGUCGUGGCAAGUCGGUGUCUUUUGAUGUUCAAGCCUUGGGUUUUGGUAGAGGCGAGGCCCUUCCUGCUGCCAUCCUGCAACCACCACCAUUGUUCCCACCACAGGUCUUCAAACCAGUCCCACUGGUGAACAACGAGGACAUGCAGUACAUGCUGGCAUUGAAACAGGAAUUUGUUGGCUCUCUCCGAAAGUCUGCAUACUACAUGAAGCAGGAUGAGAAGAAACAAGACAUCGAGAGAUACACUGACAAGUAUAAAACUCAUGACACAGCAGCAUCUUUUGCAAAAGAUUGGAGUCGAUUUCCGGCAGAGUUGAAAAUACGUGACAAGAAAGUUAAGAAACAAAUCAAACCAAAGUUGCCUGUGAAAAAAGUGAAGCUAACUGCUGAUGAAGAUAUUGCAAAAACUUUAGAGACUUUAGAGAAGAAAGAAGAAACUGCAGUUGAGGGUGAGGAGGCAGCUGAAAAGGAGGAUGAAGACAAAGAUGAGGAUGAUGAGGAGGAGGGGGAAAAUCUGGAUGAAGAAGAGCUGAAUGAAGAGGAUUUGGAAGAGGAAACAGAUUACGCAACCAAUUACUUUGACAAUGGCGAGGGCUAUGGAGAUGAUGAUGAUGGUGAUGAUGAAGGUCCUGUAUACUGAAAUCAACAAAGAACAGAAAUUGAGAUGUGAUAUGAUUUGGGUUCCAUGUUUACAAAAGGUCCUUAUCAAAUGUAUCCUGGUUAGGGAAAACAAAGAAGAAUACCAAAAGUGGUAUUUCAAUGGUUAAGAGCAGAUCAUAUGUUCGUGCGAGAUCACCUUUUUAAUCUGCCUUCAGUCGUAUAUAAGAAAUUCCAGAUGGAAUAGAUGAAUGCUUUUGAAGUUCAAGCAAAAAUACUUUUGUUCAUACUUGUCAAAGUGGUUCAUUCGAUAGAUCUUUUUGUCAACAGCAAUUUUAUCAUUUGGCUGAUGCUAUAGCAUUUCAUACAGAUAUCAACAGUAGGACUCUACAUUUGACUUAACAUGCCUGUUGUUCCUGAGACACACUUGUGGAGAUAUGGUAUAAGACAACACAAAGUGAAAGUAUCACUGUGAUACUAGACUGUGGAUAUAUCACAUUAUAUUUGUUUGUGUAGAUACAGAGCAUUUUCUUAAAAAUCAUUUUGAAACAAAUAUUUGUUUGACAAAAUGCACAUCAAAUGUGUACCAUAUUUACACCACUUUCAUAGUUAACAUGUUUUGGAUGAACUUAAAUAUUGUUAAGGGUAACAGGAAUUGGUGAAUGUUUCAAUCAGUUGCCAGAUUUGAUUUUAAAAGUUGUGUACAUUAAGUAUUUCUGUGAGAGUUACCACGUGUUGAUGAUGUUUAUUGUUAUGUGUUCAGUUAAACUUCUGUCUCGCAUGAAAAUAUAAAACAUUUUACUUCACAGAAUAUUGAAGGAUGUUCAAGAUAAAAAAAAUUAUUAUAAUUUAUUACAGGUAUUGUUAAGUGUGCUGUCAUUCAAUGAUUGUUAUACAAAAAGAUUGCUUACACAUUAUUGAACAUAACAAAAUAUGUCAGUGAAAGCCAAGACAAGCUUUUUUUUCUGUGAAAUGUUUGGUUAAAUAUUUGUGAAUUACUACUGAGUUGACAUUUAAUAUUUUUGUUUAUGUUAUAUUUGUUUCUUAUUUAAGUAUACAUGUAGUAUGUUUGGUUUAUUUGAAUAUCUUAAUAAAACAACAGUGCAAGGCAUGUAAAUUCUGUUUAUUUUGUUACUGGUAAAAGAAUAAUAAAAGUUAACUAACACUUA